AAGAUCGAUUUAUUAUGCAGGUCUGGAUCAGUGAUCUCUUUGUAAUUGAGACUGAGCAUUUUAAUUAUGAAGAUCUUUGCACAAAUAAUAAAAGGAUAACAUGAAAUCAUAUUAUAUGACCCCCUUUAGCGUAUACUGAUUGUGUUUGAGAUUAUUCUCAAGUGUUCAGCACUGCUUGCUACUUGUUUGACUUCAUGCGGUGCCGCAUGAACAGACAGGCGAAUGACCGCGAGAGCAUUUCGAUAGCAGUCCACUUUGUCUGAAUUCUCAAAUCACUCUUGUUGGAUUUUGUUGUCAUCUGCUUCUCAGUUGUUGUGGAGCCACAUGAAGUCGAGCAAGCCUGUUGUAUCAGUCACUGUUUAGAUCAACGUAGCAGUCAAAAACAAGACAUGGGAGGUCACAUACAGGACAAAAUCAAUGAGACCCAAAAUACGGACAUCCCGACUAAUACGGGACAGUUGGAAACCUAGCUAGAGGGCCUUUUCUGCUUGAAGCCAUCUGUUUACAGCCAAACGGUUGACCACUGUGUGUGUAUAUGUGUCCUGUCACAAAACUCCCACAUAUUGUAUUUGAAAUGCGUGUAGGUCAUGAUGCACUUUGAUAAUGAAGCUAAAAUAUGAAUAUGAAUUUGAUUUGUGUUUACUUUGAUUAUGACUUUAGCCAAAUAAGAGUAAUUAAAAACCACUGUUUACAUCAUAGUUUCGCAGUAUUGUUAUUUGAAUAUUGUUGUGCAUGUAAACAUUGAAACCCACUUGUUUUAGCCACUGAUGCUCCACAUCACAGCAGCACAUCAAACUGCUAACUUCACAACCAGAAGAAAUGAACAGGAGAUUUUGUGUCAUUUGAGGUUAUCAACAUAUAAACAUGCUUUUCACACUGGAAAAGUUAACACCAGGUUAUUCUAAACCCCGGGUUAACGGAAUCCUGGGUUAUCUGUUUCACGUGUCACACUGUUCGUGCUUAACCAGGGGUUAAGAGAUAACCCUGGGUAUUCAUAAUCUGAAGUUACACAUUGUGUAUUCCUAAACCCUAGGUCAGGUGUCUUAAACCCUGCUCAUACACCUGUCUGUAAUUAUCAAGCAACCCUGAACACCUUGAUUAGCUGUUUCAGCUGUGUUUAAUUUGGGUCAAAAGUUAUUAUAUUAUAUUUUUUACUUUAUUUGUUUAAAAAAGCUUUGUUGCAUGUUUAAUUUUUAUUAGGUAAUAAAAAAGACAGUCCAAUAAGAUAUUGUAGGUGGAGCAGUAAAUGUUCUCAAGAAACAGAGCUUUCAUUAAGCUGUUUUGUUGUAUGUAUUAAAUGUUUUUAAAAGCACCUUCCAUCAAUUAAUUUCCAUGUGGAUUUGUCUACAUUUAGAGGAAUCUCUCUGUAAAUAGCAGUUGUUUUGGACAGUAGCACGAGGUGCUGUGCUGAUCCCCUUAUCUGUGGCGUAACAGCAACAACACUAAGCUGUGUUCAUACAGCGCUGCGCAGAUCGAACAAGAUAUGACAUCACAGUACCGCGAGAUCAAACUUUCUCAAUACGUGCUCUAAUCGCUCACGCGAUACUUCAACGUGACAUGCUUUCGGCCUUCCUAUCAACGACACUUUUACUACGCAAGUCAGCAGCAGUGGAUUCGUUUCCCCGGAAAUGCAGACACGUGAUAAUGACAUCACCGCUGUUAGCCCCAAUUUCCCGCGAAACAGACUACACGCGCCCAUUAAAGGAGGAAAGUCAUUGCAUGUCACUGCAGUCGCUAUGAUGCUGGGUAUACCAAGGCAGAAAAAACGAAAAAGACCUCAACAGGAUGCUGAGCAUCACAUUACUUGUAAAACAGACAAGCCUGAGCUUUAUGAGCAAGUUAUCAGCAAAUAUAAAGGACGUGGAGUUUUCACCACUGAAGCAUUUUUUAGAGGUGAUUUUGUCCUUGAAUACAGAGGUGAACUUCUGACUUCAGAGGAGAGCCUUGAUCGAUCUAAACUCUACAAUGACGUUGAGAACACAUUCUUGUUUGAUUUUCAGUGGCAUGGCAAAAAUUGGUGCAUGGAUGCAUCCAAGGAAGAUGGGUCCUUGGGAAGACUUGUAAAUGAUGAGCACAGAAAUCCUACAUGCAAAAUAAGAACUGUUGAAGUGAACAAAAAACCUCAUCUGUGUCUUUUUGCUGUACGAGAUAUUCAACCAGGAGAAGAAAUCACUUACAGUUAUGGAGAUUCAGAUUGGCCUUGGCGAGCUAAGGUAUCAUCAACAGAAUCCAGUGAUAAAAGUCCAGUCAGCAGUUUGGAUUUGCAGAAAUUGUUCCAUCAGGCUCCUCCUGUUUCCUCAUCUGCCCUGUAUAAGGUGUACAUCAAUGAACCACAUAAGCAAGUUGAGCCACAACAGUCAGGCAAAGCAAGAACAUCAGAGGAUAAAAUGAAACUCAAAGAUUGCCAUGAGCGCUUUAACAGAGCACAAAUUAAAACGAAAAAGACUGCCAUAGAGCAAUCACAAGAAUAUUUCAUGCCCUCAUCACCUGUGAAGACCACAUCCUCGUCCUCUUCUCCUGUGCAGCCCUCAUCACCUGUGAUGACCACAUCAUCUUCCUCUGCACUUGUGCAGCCCUCAUCACCUGUGAAGACCACAUCAUCGUCCUCUUCUCCUGUGCAGCCCUCAUCACCUGUGAAGACCACAUCAUCUUCCUCUGCCUUUGUGCAGCCCUCAUCACCUGUGAUGACCACAUCAUCGUCCUCUUCUCCUGUGCAGCCCUCAUCACCUGUGAAGACCACAUCAUCUUCCUCUGCCUUUGUGCAGCCCUCAUCACCUGUGAUGACCACAUCAUCGUCCUCUUCUCCUGUGCAGCCCUCAUCACCUGUGAAGACCACAUCAUCGUCCUCUUCUCCUGUGCAGCCCUCAUCACCUGUGAAGACCACAUCAUCGUCCUCUUCUCCUGUGCAGCCCUCAUCACCUGUGAAGACCACAUCAUCUUCCUCUGCCUUUGUGCAGCCCUCAUCACCUGUGAUGACCACAUCAUCGUCCUCUUCUCCUGUGCAGCCCUCAUCACCUGUGAAGACCACAUCAUCGUCCUCUUCUCCUGUGCAGCCCUCAUCACCUGUGAAGACCACAUCAUCGUCCUCUUCUCCUGUGCAGCCCUCAUCACCUGUGAAGACCACAUCAUCGUCCUCUUCUCCUGUGCAGCCCUCAUCACCUGUGAUGACCACAUCAUCGUCCUCUUCUCCUGUGCAGCCCUCUACACCCUUGCCCUGUGCUGCUUCCACCCCUGUGAUUUCCUCAUCAAAGGUGUCUGAGACACUGUCUUUAAUGGAGAUGCACUCAUUAAGGCAAUCAAGAAAAAGACAGUAUUCUGGGAGUGCCUACAGUGAUUCAGAUGUUACGGAUUACAGUGAUGUUGACUACAUACCCCAGUUCAGCUCAGAUGAAUCAGAUGGAAGUGCUUCUGGACAAAGCAAGGCUGAAAGGAGUUCAGAUGGAUCAAACAAUAAGUCUGAAUGUAGUGAUCCUAGACCCAACAAACGUUUAAGACAUACUAAAUCACCCCUUUCAAAAAGGAAAGCUGAAGAGGCAGGUAUUUCAUCUGCCAAUUGUAUGACAGCAAUGUCAUCAAAAAGGAUGAAAUGCCAAACUGAAGAGACCGAAACCUCCUCUGACAAAAAGACUUUGGUUCAGUCAAUGCCAUCACCACAAAAAAAGAGCAGGUCAUAUAACAAAAAACAGUAUUGCCUUUAUUGCUCUAAGCCAUAUGCAAAAAUGGCAAGACACCUUGAGUUUGUACAUCGCAAUGAAGUAGAGGUUGCAAAGGCUGUAGCUUUCCCAAAACGUUCCAAAGAACGAAGAGUCCAGUUAAACCUUCUUAGAAAAAGGGGCAACUUUGCCCACAACACAGAUGUGGUGAGAAAAGGGGAAGGUGAGAUGAUUGCCUGCUACCGUCCAAAAAAGUGCAAAAACCCCAAAGAAUUUAUCCACUGUAUUCACUGUCAAGGCCUUUACAACAAGCUCAGCCUAUGGAAACACAUUAAAAACUGUCCACUUAAACCGAAGGAUGAUGAAGCUCAGGGCAGAAAAAGAGUAAGAUCUCUUUGUGCCUUAAAAACACCUGUUGGCUUAGAGGUGAGUAAAGGUUUCAAGAAAGUACUUUCCCUGAUGAACUAUGACGAAGUUUCACGGGUGAUUCAUAGUGACAGAUGCAUCAUGCAACUGGGAGAGCACAUGUUUAACAGGAUGGGAUCUGAUGUGACCAAACAUGACUACAUCCGACAGAAAAUGAGAGAAGUUGGCAGACUUCUUCUUGAAGCAAGAAGGAUAACCCCACUGAAAACAAUGGAGGACUUCAUGAUACCAGCAAACUUCAAACAUGUCAUAUCAGCUGUGAAAGUUGUGUCUGGCUUUGACGAAGAGAAGAACUCUUACCGCAUUCCCUCUUUAGCCCUCAAACUUGGACAUUCUUUAAAAAAGAUCUGUAGCAUUGUUGAAAGUAAUGCGAUGAUGUAUGGAGACCAUGAGCGUGCGGAGUGUGCUCGAGACUUCAGAAAAGUACACGAAGCAAGGUGGAAUGAAUACAUUUCUGCUGGUGCUAUAACUACAUUGAAGGAAGCCAAGUGGAAUGCACCACAGAUCAUUCCUUUCACUCAGGAUGUCAAAGUCCUGCACGCACAUCUAGAAAAGAAACGGGAUAAAUUCCUUAAUAAACUUAAAAACUGCCCCUCUGCAGACAGCUAUGCUGCUUUGGCCAAAGUCACACUCUCCCAAGUUAUCCUGUUCAAUAGACGAAGAGAAGGUGAGGUGUCACGGAUGCUUUUGUCAGCUUUUCAAAGCCGGGAUUCUUCUGAGCUGCAUGAAGACAUAGCCAUCUGUCUUUCUGAGUUCGAGAGGAAGCUGUGUAAACACUUUACCAGAGUAGAGAUCCGUGGUAAGCGAGGGAGAAAGGUCCCUGUCCUCCUCAAACCUUCAUUGGUUUCUGCCAUGGAGCUGCUUGUUGAAACACGUGAGGCUUGUGGUGUCCCAAAUGAGAAUCCUUUUAUGUUUGCCAGAUCUGGUGCAAUGUCUGCCUACAGAGGAGGAGAGUGCAUAAGUAAAGCUGCUCGUGAAUGUGGCAUUAAGAAUCCUGAAGCUCUUUCCUCAACCAGGCUCAGGAAACACAUAGCUACCAUGUCAAAGAUUCUCAACCUUGAUGAAAAUGAAGCAGAUCAACUGGCUGAUUUUCUCGGUCACGAUAUAAGGAUCCACAGACAGUAUUACCGGUUACCAGAGGGGACAUUGCAGCUGGCAAAAAUGAGUAAGGUCUUAAUGGCAAUGGAGAAAGGAACACUGUCAAGCUUUAAAGGAAAGAGACUUGAUGACAUUGAAAUCGACCCAAAUGAGCAACUUGAGGCUGAAGGUGAUACAAUGUCAAGUGAUGAAGAGGAUUGUAGUGACCUACCUCAGACAACAUCACCAGUACCAGCAGAGACUGAUCAACCAUCUGCUUCACAGAAAGAUCAAGGUUCAUCAAUACCUUCGAAAAGAAAAUGGGAAGAAGUUGAGGUAAAAGCUGUUGAAAAACACAUGAUGAAGUUCAUAAAGACAUGCAAAGUUCCUGGUAAGCAAGACUGCGAGAGAUGCAUUCACGCAGAGCCAGAAGCCUUGAAGGAACGUACGUGGACUGGUGUGAAAAAUUAUGUGCGAAACAGGAUCACCACUUUAAAAAAACAGGGUGGAUUAUAGGGGAGCAAAUUAAAAACACUUUUUUUCUUUUUACUGUAAUAAACAGAGCAUGGUGAGGAAAAGUUGCCAUGUUACAAAAACAUAAAAUAAUGUAUCCUUUUCUAGAAUAACUUUUUAACAUGUUUAGGGCUUCAAAAUGAUGAAUUAUGACUAAUCGUUUGCAGAAUAAAAGUUUUUUUUUACAUCAUAUGUGUGUAUACUGUGUAUAAUAAUUAUCUAUAUAUAAAUACACACACAUGCAUGUUUAUAUUUAAUAAAUAUUUACAUGUGUAUAUACAUUUUUAUGUUUAUAUGUAAUUUAUAUUAUAUAAACACUUAAAAUAUAAAUAGAUUUUGUUUCUUCAAAUUAUACAUUCAUGUGUGUGUAUGAGCUACAUAAUUAUUAUACACAGUAAACACAUAUAUGAUGUAAACAAAAGCUUUUCUUCUGCAAACGAUUCAUCAUUUUGUAUGUUUGUAAUAUAUAAUAGGUUCCUUUCAGACAAACUGUCUUUAUACUUUACACAUCAUGCUCUGUUUUUUAAAAAUGAGUGAAAAUAGUAAGGAAGAGUAAAGGUGUAUGAAGAGGGAGAAUUUGUUUGAGUACAGGAGGAAACAGAAUAUUAAUGAGGUAAGCAAGACAGGAGAAGAGAGAGGAUUGAAUGUAAUGGUAAGACGAUAAUUUCUGUAAAAAGCUGAGGAAAGCAAAAAGAACAAGCUGCACUGACAAAUGUCUCAUUUUCAUUCUUUGUUUACAUGCAUGUUUACAUGUUGUUAUAUGUUUACAUGUUGCUAUUUUUUCUGUCAACAUAUUCUGUUCUAUAUGCACUUUUAAAAUAUGUCAGUAUUGUUUAUUUCCUUUAAUUGUAAUUACAAUUGUUCAAUGUAGACAGAAGUUAAUUGAGUGAACUGAAAGUAAAGAGAUAAAAGGAGGAGCAAAGGUUAAAGAGAAGAGGGAGGAGCAAAAGGAAAGUGAAGUGGGAGGAGCAAGGUAGAAGGCAAGAAAGUAAAGGUGAAGAAAAGAGUGAAAGAGUUCAUAUCAGUUUCAUUGAUUAUACUGUCCUAUAUUUUAUACUGACACUUUUAUUGGCAAACUAAAAUGCACUUAACUUUUAAGUAACUGUGUUUAUGGUUAAGUGCUGUUACCGG